AUGAGAAGAGACUCCUGAGCAGCCAUGGAUGGGUUACAGCUACGGCAAGCAUCCAGCAGCCGAGGCCUCCUGAAGCUCUCUGUUAUGGAAGUGAAGUGGAUUCACGUCUUCGUCAUCUUCUUCUUCCUGCUUUCUGUUGCUAUGACGGGCUGCUUCCUCUGGCAGUAUAGCCUCCCCAAGGUGGAGCCCAGCCCAUCUGUGAUGGAAGCGAGAGCAGAAGCCGUGCAGAUGUGUCCUCGCUAUCCUGAACCAGUACCACUGGACCACCCCAUCCCCAUUCUGAAGGAUGCACUGGAGAAGGUGGAUAUGAUGCUGCGCCAAAGGAUUCAUAGCUCUGGUCUCCCUGCCGUGUCUGCCAUAGUUAUCUACAAUGAUACUGUACUCUGGACAGGCAACUUUGGGAAGAAGAAUGGUUCAGACCCCUUCUCGGUGGUGCCCAACGAGUACACUAUUUACAGAAUUGCCAGCGUUUCCAAGAUCUUUCCCACCAUUAUGUUGUACAAGCUGUGGGAGGAAGGGAAAGUCACAUCCCUGGAUGACCCUUUGGAACGCUACGCCCAGAGCUUUGUUAUUAAAAACCCUCUGGGAAAGCUCAAGGAGUCAGAACAGAGAUACACAGCAGAUGGGCUGACUUUUUUGGAAAAAGGCUCGAUGCCGCUUAAGCCGUCGCCCGUUACCUUGCGCAGAAUGGCCAGCCAGCUCUCAGGUCUACCUAGGAGGCUGCGAUCUACCAGUCUGCUGUGGAAAGGCAACACGCAAGAUGCCCUAGGUCUCCUGAAAGAUGAUGUAUUAGUUGCUGACCCAGGGACCAGGUGCCAUUACAGCAAUUUAGCCUUCUCACUAAUGGCGCACGUGCUGGCCGACCACGCAGCGGAGGGCCAAUACCAGCGCUGGAUCUCGGAGAACAUCCUGGACCGCUUGGGCAUGGAGGACACCGGCUUCGACAUCACACCACCAAUCCGCUCACAGAUGGCUGUGGGCUUCUACAGCAGCCGGCAGCCAGCCCCUCUCUACGACCUCGGCUGGUACAGGCCUUCUGGCCAGAUGUACUCCACAGCUGCUGACCUUGCCAAGCUGGCGAUGGUCUUCUUAGGCACCUAUCACCGUCGCCUCCUAGAGCCUGACACUGUGAAGACCAUGCUGACCCCUCUGUUUAAGUGCUCCACUGAAUAUUUUGCUAACAAGACCGGCACACCCUGGGAGAUUAACGAGCAAUUGGGCUACGAUGUCAUUAGGAAGGACGGCGACCUCGACGGUUAUUCAGCGACUUUCUCCCUUAUCCCCAAACUCCGUCUGAGCUUCAUUGUGCUGAUGGCAGGGCCUCGGCCACAAGGGAGAGACAUUGUGACUCAGACGUAUGAGUAUCUCAUUCCUGCCAUGGAGAAGGCAUUCAGAGAGGCAGAGAAAAGCUUGAUUCCUCCUCCAAGCUCAGUCCCUUAUGUUGGGUACUACACCUAUUCCAACCUGACUUUCUAUGAAAUCAAAGUUGGACCUGGUGGGGUGUUGGUCAUGCAGCAGUUUGGGCCUCAUGUUGAGGAGCUGAUCCCUGAAAAGUACCGGACAAUCAAGCUCCACCAUUUGGAAGAUCGAGUCUUCCAGGUUGUUUUCGACAAGGAGUUCCCAUGUGUUCUUCACCUGGGCUCUGCCUCUAUCUCUUUGGAGACUCAAGAUGGGCAACUUUUUAAUUUUUAUCCAUUCGAUCGCAAAGGCUUGUCCCCUGGUUUUGAUGCACCAGGGCUGAACACAUACAAUGUGGUGCGCGUGCUUCGCAAACCUGUAUUCUACACCUAACUGUCCUUUCUCUUUUUCUAACUGUUUCUGGGAGGUGGCUCCAAGUCUGUGUCUUCCCAGACUGUCCUGUCAGUGUGGUUUUAUGGAUGCCACUAAAAAGGGAAAGAUGCUGUCCAGUGAAUCUUUCCUCCAACAAAUGCAUCGUGUUUCACUUCCAAAAAGACUUCAAUCUCUUGCCUUCACUGGCAUUGCGCGGCAGGCUGGCUCACAACUGGUGAUGCUUGCAGAAAAAACAAGUGGGAAUAUGCUGGAGGUAACGACAUUUGGAUGCCAUAAAAAAAUCCCAGCGCUUAAGUUUUCUCACACUGAUACUGUUUGUUCGAUGACCGUUGUGGUGAUUGGUAGGCAUCAUCAAAGAGCUGAGAAUUUCCUCUGUCUCAGAAAAUAUCUCACCUUCAGCCCAAGGGUUCUUCCAUAGCUCUUCAGGGGCCCAGCUGCCAUGAACAAGAUUCCUUACUGGAUUUGCCAAAAGCAUUGUGUGCUAGAAAGUGGCAUCAGCCUGAUACCAGGCUUACUUUGUGAUACUUAAGAAGUGAGAGGUCCGUUUUUCUCCUGAGUAAUGACUGUGUGAGUUGCAGAAAGCAAUGUAGUUUUAUCUUGGCUCCAUGAACUUCUGCAGAAGUGGUCUCAUAAAGAAAAUUGUAGCACAUAAGUACAAAUGUUGAAGUCUACUACAGUGAGCAGGACUAUAUAAAUAUACACUGGUGUAUUCCAGAUGGCUCAGGUUUGUGACUGUGUGUACUUUGCAUACUGUGACUCAGGUACAGCUUACUAUGCAGAGAGUGGAGGUGAACCUGUUUAUUUGGUGGAAACAGGUAAGUAAAUUUCUAGAAAAAAAGGUGAAGUAGGAUGCCAACUGAAAGUGCAUUAGGCUGGGUAAUGCUACAUUUAGGCUAGGUGCAGCUGAAAGCAUUCUGCAAAACCACAGGUGCAUUUUCUUAUCCCUUCUUGUGCCCACUUAAUGCCAAGGUUGUCAGGGCAGAUGACAUGUCACUAAUGGCCAAUGUCACUGUGAUGGGAACAGAGCCAGGCACCAUGACUGCAAGACAAGGAAAGUAGCACCAGUCUUGCCUCCUCCAAUUCCCUUUCAUGUUUAGGACAAUAUUGUGAUUGCAGCCCAAAUUGGAGCCUGAAAUAAAAGUAAGCAGAGGGUCAGGGCAAGAUAAAUAUCACCUUCAUAUAAAAAUUUUAUCUACAGAGCACGGGUACAACUGUAUGGCAUGAAAAUGCUGAAGGUAGUGCAGAGAGUGGACAUACUAGCACAACCUUCUUUCAUCAAAGGCUUUUUGAAAUGCAUAUUCUCCAAUACCGUCACUGGUAUGAGGCUGGAUCCUCUUGCAGUUUGAUAUCCUGCUGCUGCUUGUUCACCAAGGGUCUUGAAAGCGGACAUGUCUCAGAGGAUGAGAAGAUAAAUCUCCCUGUCCCCCUUCUCUUUUGCUUCCUCUCCCUGUUUUAAUUCUGGGUGCAGUUUCUUAACUUCAACUACUAGUGAAGGCUUAGAAAUCUGUGAUUCACAAACUCUAAUCCCUGCUUUAGUUCAGACUAUUUCAGUUCCCUGUUGGACACAGGAAAAAAUGUAAGCUUUGCCUUACAGGCAGUCAUGGUUGCUGCUGUACUGGUUUCCUCUGGUCUUUGUAGGUGAUCACAUUUCACACCUUGUACGUCCUCGUAUGUUCAAGUAUUUAACCUGGGCUACAAAAGCAGUAAUAAACUCUAUAUAAACUCUCA